AUGUGGAGCUCAACGUUAAUACGCAAACGGCAGCUUGUCGAGAGCGCGCCACCCUCGCCUCCUCAUCAUUACCGACAAGAGAAGCAUAGGCCAGCGCAGUUGCAGGAUCAGCGGAUGUUAGUCGACCUUACGACGGAGGAUACGGGCUUCCGAUGCUCCAAUUGCAGGGAAACGUUCAAGUCCAGUGAAAAAUGCUUUGCAUUAAGCGGCUGUCGCUGUGCUUGCCAGAUCGGCACAAAAGAAAGAGACGGCGGGCCCUGUCCUCGCUGUAAGGAACACGUAGACGAUGUUUUGCCGCUGGAGUGGAAGCAACUCGGACUUGAGAGGAUGGUUGACGCAGCUGUAUUUUCCUGA